AUGUCUGCCGCCGGAUUUCAAUAUAUCGAUGAUAGAGAUACAGCUCGUUGUGAACAUUGUGGACUUGAAGUAUUCAAUUGGGCAGCCGAUAUGAAUCCAUUUACUAUUCAUUCUGAAGAAAGUCCUGAUUGUUCAUACGUUCGCUCCAUGAAACCAUCAUCAUUAUUAGCUAUAUCUGAAUCUUCCUCCUCGUCAACAACUACUGGUCAAAAUAUAUCAAUAUCAAAUGAACAAGAAAAUCAUCCUAAACGUCGAAAAAUUGAUUUAAAAUCUCGAUUAAAUAAUUCAUUCGAACCUGAUUCACUUCAACAAUGUCGAAGACAUAGCUUUUGUCAAUGGCCAUAUUUUGGAGCUUUAUCAAGUGAAUAUAUGGUUCAAGCUGGAUUUUUUGGUUGUGAUGGUAAUGAUCGAAGUAUAUGCCCUUAUUGUAAUCUAAUAUGUGAACAAUGGACACCAUAUGUAGACAAUCCUAGUAAAGUACAUAAAACACUUUCUCCUACAUGUUUAUAUGUUACAGAAAAAUUACCCCUUGCUGAACCACCACCUAUUAUAAAUGGCAAUAUUAGUUCAAUCGCACCUAUUGGAAGCAGUCCUAUUCAUGCGCCAAAUAAUGUCAAUUCACUUUUACUUAGUACAUUGGCUCGUCCAGUAACACAAAAUCAAAGUCACAGCGCUAUUCAUGGACCGGCAGCUUCUGCCCCAAUGUGUCCUGUUGAUAAUUCACUCUCUAUUGACGAGCUGAUUCGAGCAAACACCACGUCUAUAGAAAAUCAAUUUGAUGUAAAUAAAUUUUGCUGCAAAGAUUUAUUAGAUCAUUGGGAUCCAGAUGAUAAUUCAAAGAGCGAAGAUGAUCGCUGGUUUCCACAUUGGGCAAAUGGUAAACAAUUAUAUGGCGGUCAAUUGUACCAUAAAAUUCAAGAAACUAAUCGAGCAAACCAACUACGUUUUAAUUCAAAGAGAGUAAAUGAAAAGGCAAAUCCUGAUCUUAUAACAAAGACAAAUAGUCGACAAUCACUCAUGUCUAAUAAAAGAAUUCUAUCCAUUAUUAGUCGUUGUAGGCAAAGACAAUCACAAGGAAAACAUGAACAUUCUGUUUGUUAUCGUGAUUUAUUAAUUGUUCGUUUUAUUCAGCAAAAACAAAUAGAACUUAAGGACAAUAUUAUAAUACCAUAUGAAAAAAUGAAACAAAUCUCAGAAGAAGCAAUAAAAAGAUACCAAGAAAUACCUGGACAAAGACAAAUAUCAGUUGAACCUUGCGUUGUCUGUUUAAUAGAAAAAAAACGAUUAGCUUGUGUACCAUGUGGUCAUUUCAUAACAUGUGUUCCAUGUGGAUAUUCGCUGAAAUCAUGUCCAUUAUGUCGAAAAGAAAUUGAAGCAUUUGCUAGAGUUAACAUUAACGUCUAG